AGAGAAAAAGAGAGCAUAGAAGUACAGAGAGAGAAAAAAGAGAGGUAGAGAGACAGAGAGGAAGAAUAACAGAAGAGACAGAAAGAGGAGGAUAGAAAAAGAGAUAAAGAAAGAAGAAGAGACAGAGAGAAAGCAGGAAGGACAAAGAUCUUCAUCUACAGACAUCAUGGUUUCCUAUAUCUUCUUGUUAAUUCUUUCUGGUUCAAUCCUGGCCUCAGGCCAACCAUGCGGGCUCCCUCCGUAUGUGCAGAUUGCUGAUGCUUCCAACUGCGCUGGCUUCCUGCAGUGUAUCAAUAACCAGGUGCAACACAGGGUUUGUGUCGAUGGCACCCUGUUCAACGCUUUGACUGGAUUAUGUGACUUCCCGUUCAAUGUCGAUUGUGGUUACCGACCAAACAAAGGGCCUGUCACUGUCGCCACCACCGCGUUCCCUACGACUACACAGAGCUUGCCAACUACUAUGUCCCCUGUGAAAAAGGAGAUCCUUAGACUGUAUGAUUUCUGGUAUGGAUUCCACUGCAACUUGUUUGGCACCACAAGCAUCAUCCGUUGGCCACAUCCUUAUGACUGUACAAAGUAUUUUGAAUGUGAGGGGAAGACGCUGAGUCGCAAGACUUGUCCCAGCUCUCCAGGGAAGUUAUUCUUCCAGUUUGAACCCCAGAACUGUGUCAUCGAGAAGAAUGCAAAUUGUCCUCUCACGCCGCCAUUUGGAGAAAAAAUCGUUCCAAGCCCCGAAGAAGUACGUUACCAGAAAAUAUGCAGGACCAAUCCAAACUCUCUGAUGCGAUGGCCCUACUCCAGAGACUGCCGCCGCUACUUCCAAUGCACAUAUGGCAAGUUUACACAAGAAAUAUGCUCCCAGAAACCAAACGUAAUGGUCUACAAUGACGAAAUCCUUAACUGCCAAAGUCCUCAGAGGAAUAAUACUUGCAUUUUAACCUGGAGGCCUUAACUUUCUUCAAUUAUACUCCACAUUAUGCUUUUUCUUCUACCUUCCUUUGAAUUUACCCAAAUAUAUAUAAUUCACCCAUAUAUAUAUUCCUAUUACUUUAUUUUCUCUUUAUUAUUCUAGCUUAUAUACCUACAUAUAUAUAUAUAAAAACAUGAUGCCAAG